UCCGGUGACUCCCUGCGCGGGGACAUGGCGGCGACGCUUCGGGGACGUUGCUUCCCAUGGGUGUGGCUCUGCAGGAGAGCCUGGCCGGGCGGCGGCCGCCACUACCGCGCCGCGCGGUGCGCGGAGUUGAAGCAGCCCCUGGCCAUUGAGGAGGUCGCCCCCCGCCCUGUGGGGCCUCACGAGGUCAGAGUUGAUGUCCAUUUCUGUGGAGUUAACUUUGCUGACAUUUUGGUUUGCCGUGGUCAGUAUCAGGAAAGGCCCCAUCUUCCUUUCACUCCUGGAAUGGAGUUUUCUGGGACAGUAUUGGAGACAGGCACAGAUGUCAGCACAGUUAAAGAGGGAGAUCGAGUUAUUGGCGUGAGUGGCUUUAACAGUAUGGCUGAAGAAUGUAUCACUGACCAGAAGGCACUGUGGCGGAUUCCAGACAGGGUGCCGCUCCGGGAAGCUGCUAUCCUGCCCGUGUCUUAUGGUACUGCUAUUAUGGCCCUGGAGCAUCGGGCACGUACCCAGCCUGGAGAAACUGUUCUAGUGACGGCAGCAGCUGGAGCCACAGGCCUUGCAGUGAUAGACGUGGCAACAAAUGUUCUCCAGGCCAAGGUAAUAGCUGCCGCCGGAAGUGACGAGAAGUGCCAGCUGGCUAUGCAGAGGGGCGCAGAGUCCAGCGUGAACUACAGUCAGGGCAGCCUGAAGGAGGCAGUGAGGAAGCUGGUGGGCAGUGGCGGGGUGAACGUGGUCAUCGACACCGUGGGGGGAGACAUCUUCCUGGAUGCUCUCCGCAGUCUGGCAUGGGAGGGCAGGAUCGUGGUGGUGGGUUUUGCUGGAGGAACCAUUGCUUCUGUGCCGGCCAAUCUCCUGCUCCUGAAGAAUAUCUCUGCCAUGGGCGUGUACUGGGGCCGAUACCAAGACCGGAACUUCCCCGUCUUCUCCAGGAGCCUGUCCUCGGCUCUCCAGUACUGCCAGGAAGGGCGCAUCCAGCCAUACGUAGGAGCGGUUUUUAAGCUGGAGGAGGUCAAUGAUGCUUUCCUUCAUGUGAUACAGCGCAAGUCCACAGGCAAGGUGCUCCUCUCCCUCAAAUAAACCCUCACCUCAGCAGCAAGACCAGCAUGUCCACAUCCAAACUCCUCAUCUUUCUAAAAACCUGAUUUCCCUCCCGUGUUUCUAAAGGUGACAUCACCUUCCUUAUUAAUUCAGGUUCAAAAUCUUUGCAAGUUCCCUUUGAAUCUUUUUUCUUACUCCUCAUAAUUAGUGUGAUCAUAUACUUUACUGUCCAGACUUGGACCUGUUUGAGAGGGAAGAGAUGCUGUUAGGAAUUACACCAGGAAAACAGGUGUCCCACACAAACCAGGAUGUAGGGUCACCCCAUUCAUAAUGGACCAGCGGCCAGGUUCUGUAAUCCCCACUGCUAAGAUGCUGCUCACCUCCAUAUCCUCUUUUCUGUUCUGACUAAUUAUGUCUCAUCUGCUAAUUCCAGUGACCUAACUGGCUUUCCUACCUAUGAACUAUACCCCCCUCCAUCUUUGUUAUGCAUUAUUGCCAUGGACCUCCCCAAAGCACAGCUACAACUAUGUCUUGACUUAGAAAACCUACAAUGGUUCACCAUUGUCUACAUGGUGGAAUUCAGACUCCUUGAGCCAGCAUUCCAUUAUAACCAAGAUUUCGCCCCUCUCUGCUUUCUAGCUUUAUGUUCAACAACUGCACUGGUCCGUCAAUAUGCACUGAGAUUUCCUGACGGCUCCUCUGCUCUUGGCCCAAGCAGUUUCCUCUAUUCCCUUAUCUCUGUCCAAUAUAAGCCUUCCUGACCUGCAAGACCUGUGUCUGCAAUGAGCCUCUCCCCUCGGGAGGGUGGUAUCUCUUCUCUUCCCCUCUUACCUUCCUGUAGCUUCUCCCCCAGGCUUUGUCACAUUCUGCCUUGCACCAAAGGGAGCGGCAUGGCUAGUGGAAUAUACACAGGAUUCUGAAUCCAAGACGUGGGUUUGAAUCCCAGUCUCACCACUUUGGAGGUGGUUACUUAAGGUCUGUGAACCUUCAUUUUCUCACUCUCAUGUAGAUAUUACAUCAUCUAUCUCACAAGGUUGUUGUGAGCAAUACAUGCAGUGAUUGGGCAAAGCAGUUAGCAAAUGCUAUUACUUUCACUUCUUUCUUUUCUACUUUCCUAAUUAAGCAUAAAAUUCCUUAAGAGCAGGUACCAUGUUGGAUUCCCCUCUGUACCUCUCACAAUACCUAGCACAGUUAGUUGCCCUUGGUAAAUACUCAAUAAAUUGAAUGAAUUUGAAU